UGUCCGUCUCGCCCUAGACGCAGGUGGAGCCGUGGAGGUCACCGCGGUGGCAGGUUACGAGGAAAAAGGCAGAGGUUUCUUUCGUCCGUGGUCCGUGGAUUGGUGCCGAGGUGAGACAGUGCGACAUGAUGCCCAUUUUCAAUGUCGAGCGUUCCCCGGCUUCGCUACGUCUCAAGCCGCCGACGGCGAAUCGGCCGCUUUAAUCAUGCCUCGCCAUCCGUGCGCCAUGUAUUGGACGUUCGUUCCGGUCCGAUUCGUAAAUCGCCGCCUCCCGCCAGCUCGCAGGAACUCUCGAAGAGAUUUCUCCUUUAUUUAAAUCCUAAACAGUGUCUUUGUGUGUUUAAGUGUUUAUAAACAGACGAAAAUGGUGUACAAAACGUUGUGUCUUGUGAUAUUGUUGUUGGCCGUCGGACAGACAAGCGUCAGGUCCAACGCGGGCCAAGCCGCCGAGGAGACGUCGAAAGACAAUUCGACGGCCAAGGAGGACCAGAAACUACAUCCUCCGCCUCUCGUAGAAGUAAUCCACGGAAAGGUGAAUUCUGUGAUCCAUGACAUCGUAGGCAGCAUCGAUGAAAUUCCGCCCUUGGUGACGGAAGUUCUCAAGCCGAAGAAAGAAUUCGUCGUCACGCCAAUCGAGACGUCAGUGCCGUCAGAGGUGGUUGAAAAUGAUUCCUCGGCAGCCAGCUUUGACACUAUACUGGAGGAGGCGGUAGUCCAAAGCCCUGGACUAGUCGAGAAUCUCACCUCCGAGCUUACCCCCUUGUCGUUACCCGAUGAACAACUACCUCAGGAAUUGGAAACGGAAAUUGCUAGUAAUGUCAGCGAGCCGAAGACCCAGGAGGGAAAGCCGCCAGCGCCGCCUGAACAAAAGCCUCAGCACGAUCAGAUUAAAGUGGCUGAACCGGCGGCACCUUCUGACAGCAAAGUCCACGAAUUGGGGCAUGAAGGAAAGAAUGCCUCACACGAUGAUAUACCUUCUUUCAGCGAAUGGGCCAAAAAACAGAUGGCGGAAGUUGGAAAAAAUAAAGGGGAGAACCUGACAGUCGGGACGAUGAAGGUGCGAGUAAAAAAUUAUGCAUCGCCCGAUUGUGGCGCCAAGGUACUUGCUGCAAAUCCUGAAGCAGGCAACCCCAAUGCAAUCCUUUCACCCAGCAGGGAUGACUACAUGCUCAACCCUUGCAAUGUGAAGAUUUGGUUUAUUGUUGAGCUGUGCGAAUCGAUUCAACCUCAAAGGUUUGAGAUCGCAAACUUUGAAUUGUUUUCAUCGUCUCCUCAGGAUUUAAAUAUAUUUGUAAGCGAUAGAUACCCGACAAGAGAUUGGAGCCUGGUGGCGACAGUCCAGGCCAAGGAUGAACGUACUGUUCAAACAUUUUCAUUUCCACCUCUGCCCAACUUUGCUAAAAUAAUCAAGGUCGAAAUGCUCUCCCAUUAUGGAUCGGAGCACUAUUGCCCGAUUUCUCUCUUCAAAGCUUUUGGCACCAGUGAGCUUGAAGUGCUGGACAAUGUUGAUGCCGAAGAUGAUGGUCCCACAAAAGCAAUCAUCGAAGAGGAUGAAACAGACGAAGAACUAUCUGAAGGCGACAGAGGGUAUUUUUUGGCCCCGGUAAAAGCCGCUGUAAUGCAUGUGGUGCAGAAAGCAGCAGAAGUUUUAGUCGUCAAAGGGGGAAAAAGAAAUAACACUUGUUCCAAUGACACCCUGUCCAACACUUGCUUCACACCAAGCUAUGCGGUUGUCUGCACCAACUGUUCUGAGCAAUUUUAUGACAGGCUAUUUGAUGUUAUGUGUUGCCAAGGAGAAAAAUUAAAAACUUUACUUCUCAACCCUUUCAUAAACAAUAUAAUUGUGAACACAUCAAUAUGCUCAAGUUAUGGGUUUUCCUGGUUUAACGAGACCUCUUCUAACCGUUCUUCAGCGCGCGAUUUCUUGGGAGUAUCUUAUAUCAAAUCAUUUUUAAACGAAGAAACUAUUGUGGCCCUUUGCAACUACCUGGCAGUGACAAAGAAGAAGACGCCUUUGAACGUCAGCCAGGAUAAAUUGCCUGAGGUUGUACCUCUCGUGCAAACAACACUAAAUGAACCCCAGCCUCUCGAAGUCGAAGUCGAUCAUCAAGAGGACUCGGAUUUCACCACGUCCUCCUUCAUUCACCCAACAAAGACUUUGUCUGAAGAAAACACGACAGCUCCGGAGCUCAAGUCAAAUCAGACGGUUAUUUCCGAUGAGGUUCCAGCGGCAAACGAUACAGGAAAAAAUGAAGAUUUAAGUUCAUUUCAGUCUGUUGAAGCAACUCCACCUUUAGAUGUCGAACACAUACAAAAAUCUAGUGAGGAAAGAAAUAAUACAGGACAAGUAAAUGUGACAGCCCAGGAUUCUGUUCUACAACCUGCUCCAAGUCAAGAUGAAACGGUCACUGCGGACUCGCUAGCACUUGAUUCGCUUUUUCCGGAGCUGGAAGAGGAACAGACCCAAGAUCUGGAAGCUUCGACUGCCAAAGCAACUAUGAAUUUAAAAGUACAGAAAGAAAGUGUUUUCGUUCGUUUGGCGAACCGUAUUAAAGCUUUAGAAGUGAACAUGUCCCUUUCGAGUCAGUAUCUCGAAGAACUAUCAAGAAGAUAUAAAAGACAAGUCGAGGAAUUACAGCGAUCCCUGUCCAACAUGAUGGAAGAGAUUCGCCUCUCUGCGGAAAGGGAAAACAACCUCGCUAAUGAACUGAAAACAGUUUCAGCCAAAGUUGAACAGCUGACUGCUACACUGGACAAACUACUCGAAGAUAGAGACGAAUGGGGGCCCAAGGCUUACUUCUACGGACAACACGGAAUGAUAAUAGCAUUUGAAGUUGUCAUGCUCUUCCUUUGUAUUGCGUUUUGUAAAUGGCUCACUGCUGGAAAUGGAAGAUCGAUAGAAGAUAAUAAAAACAAAAAACAACCAGUGCCACAGAGGAGGCAUUCUACGAAUAUCGUUGUCGCUGGACCACCAGUCAAGCAGCGAAGGCCUUCUGAAGAAGCUUUUGUACCUUCGAGUUCAACACACGAAGAACUCCUUAUAGACGGUUCUCAAAGGAAAAUAUCACGGGACCAAAUGAAAAAGAAGAAGAAAAAGAAAAAAGACCGCCCCGAUGAAAUCGACAUCAUUACGAUCAGCAGUAAUGACGAAGAAACGGCUCAGCUAGGAGUCAACGCUUGUACCAAAAGCUGCUGCGCCGCUGGUUUGACCCGGCAGCAGAGAUCAUCGGCGCAGACGCAGACAUCCAGUCAGGAGACACUCUCCUCACUCCAACAGCCGAUGCCCGUCUCACUCAAUAGCAGCAUCAAAAAGAAGACUGGUGCUUUUAAAAAAAUAGUGAAAAAACUUUUUUGACAAAAGACUAAGUAAUUUUAGCAGUUAUAUUUAUAAAUGGAAUUGUAAUAGUGGCUUUGAACUUGUUUUUUUUAAUUAUUACAAAAAAAUUGUUGCGUAUUUGGAAUUUGUUGAUAGAACUUUUAUUACACUUUGCGACAAGACUACCUGAUAGAGCUUUUGUUCUUAAUGUUUACACUUGCAAGAAUUUUGUUGUUGUUAUAUAUGUGAAUAGCACCAGUAAUGAUGUAGUAAUUGUCAGUGUAAAGAUAAGUAUAGAACACACGCAUAAAUUUGUGUCAUGUCAAAUUUAUAGCUUUCUGCAAGUUACUUUUGAUUAUUUAUUUUUAUAGGCUUCCUUGUACGUUUGAUUUUUUUUGUGUAAAAUAUAUUGGUACAGAAUUCAGGCAAUAAUUAAAUUAAGGCCUGUACGCUAAUUGGCAGCAGUGUUAGUUUUAUAUUCAAGUUUAUGUUUAAUCUUAUUGUAAAAUAGAAGAAAACAUUUUUCUUUAAAAACCAAACAAGAACAUCCUUAAUAUAUAUUGUAUCUUUUUGCAGCGGGUAAAAUUUCUUGACGGUUAUAGAAGAAAAUGUUUUUGGUUUGUUCGGUAUGCCUGAUCUGUAUGCUCUUGGUUUCAAGGCGUACGGUGCUCGGUAUGCUUCAACUGUUACCGAUAAACUGCUCGAUGAAAGCCUGCAAUUUACGAUGCAAUUUUUUUUUACCUCAAAAAAAUAUUUUAUAUAUUACAAAACGUUAAUGCGUUAUAAAAUAGUACAAUUUUUUCAUUCACUGCCAGCUUGAAUAAACGCUUGAAAGUUAUUAAUUGUGUUGUUAUUGUUUUAUAUUUAUUUAAAUAUUUAUCAUAGGCUAAGACUAGGACCUUUUUUUUAUACUAUUCAUCUAAUGAUAUUUAUUUUUAAAACACUUUUAAUAACUUGACAGAGUAAAGAACAAAGGCAGGCCACGUCGCUGGUAAAAUGAAAAUUGAAAGACUGAAAAGCAGUAAUUGAAGUGCAGUUGAAACCGUUUGUCAUAAUGAAACGUACUUCCUAAACGUUCCAUUGAGAUAUGUGAUAUCCAUUCCAUUGAAACCUAGUCUUUUAAGCAUUAAUGUCUUAGUGCCAAAGUGACUGACUAAUUGUAAAUAAUGUUACCUGGCAUAAAAGUUCAAAUGGGACUCAGUGUACAUAUUGUGUUCUAUUGUAAAAAAACAAACAAAAAGUUAUAGAGUAUUGGGGUGAUUCAAUAAAGAGGACCUUUUUUUUCAA